AUGUCGAUCGACAGAAAUGUUCAGUCGAAGGAUGAGAAUAAAAAUUUAGAUAAUGCCAUCAAUGGUUAUUUGAUGCUUGUAUCUUCGAAAUGGCAUUUGGCACCAACUUUGCAUGCCACCGAGUGGUUGGUUCGUCGUUUCCAAAUUCAUAUCUGUAAUGCUGAGACGUUCCUGUUAUCAGCAAUUAACUAUUAUCAAACACCAACCUUCAAGAGAAUUUUGAGUAUCAUCAAGUUACCGCCACUUUUCAAUUCGCUUUCUAGUUUUGUUAGAAGUGAAAGAAACCCUUCGAAUGUGACUAUUAUCAAACUUUUCAACGAUAUGGGGUUUCUAAAGAUGUAUGCCAACUACUUGAACAAAUGCAUCAAGAAAAAGACAACAUACACAAAUCAAAUGCUUUUUACAUCAUGCUGUUUCAUUAAUUUAAUAGCUUUCAACUCUAAUAACGACGAGAAAUUGAAUGAUUUGGUCCCAAUUUUUCUAGAGAUCGCAGCUAAAUUAUUGGCUUCGAACUCCGUGGAUUGUCAAAUUGCUGCUCACUGUAUCCUUGUGGUUCUUGCUGCAGCUUUGCCUUUGAAGAAGGUCAUCAUUCUAGCUGCGACAGAAACGAUCCUGGCUAAUCUAGAGUCUGCAAAGGCCAAAAAUUCUGCUUUGGUGACAAUAUGCAAAUUAUGGCAAACGUUAAAGGGGCCAGGUAACGUUGAUCAAUUUCCUGCUCCACUCUAUGAGCUCUUAGAAAGCAGGCUAGGACUUGAUUUCAUAAUCGAGCAUCUGAAGAAAUCCGAGCGUGCCUCAUGUGAUAAGUUUGUCACCAGUUAUAUAAGAGCCAUUGCAAGGUACGAUCAUUCGAAGCUGAGUGAAAUUGUGAAGAUUUUAAACGAAAUAGAAUUGGAGAACUUUGAAGAAAGAUUAAUUGUUACAGAUUUGAUUCAUUUAUCUGAGGUACUUGAGGAUAAAUCACAGUUAAUCACACUGUUUGAAUACUUCGUGUCGAUUAACGAGAACUUGGUGCUCAAGUGUAUCAAUUCUCUGAACAUCAGCAGAGAGCUUUUUGAGAUCAAAUUGACGACCUCACUAUUCAAAAUAAAUGAAGAAUCGAACGAAAAUGAUAUUAUGAAAGCUUUAUCAGCAGAGAAAGGAUCAAAUGGUAACACACAUUCUCUCUCCUUCAAGGAGUUUUUAGAGAAGCACUCUAGUCAUAUCAAUACCAGCAACAAAUCAAUGCUGGCGGAAGGCGAUGAAACGUUUGGAAAGCUACUCUCUUUAUUCGUGGAGGCCGUCGGGAGGACAUUCCCAGCAGGAUUGUUUCUGUCUUCUUUUUUCACAACUAUGGAGAGUCGAAUAACUUUCUUGGUUAGAGUACUUAUUUCCCCUGCCGCACCAAUCGCCCUAAAAUCAAUCUCAUUGAGUAACAUAUCAAAAUACAUCAAUAGCAUCGACAAGGAAUCCAAUGUUUUCACGCUAGUACCCUGCUUGAUUUGUGCAUUAAACGAUGUCUCUAAAAAUGUCAGACUUGGCGUCAAGAGAGUCUUGGCUCAGAUCGCCAAAAGGCCUUUCACAAAGCACUACUUCAUGAGUAAUAAACUUUAUGGGGAGAACAAGGAGAUACCAAUGUUAAGUCCAAAAGACGGUGAAUUUUGGCUUACUCACUUCCUAAAUGCAUACAUUAUUGAAAAUUACGAUAUCUCGACUCUAAUAAUUCCAAAGAAAAAUGAGAAAGUGUAUCUACUGUUCUGGGGAAAUCAGGCCUUAUUGAUGCCUCUUCCUUCGCCAAAAACAAUAAUCCUCAAGUAUUUGAAUGCUAAACUAACUUCCUCCUCUGGUGCCAAUACUGCCCUUUUCGCAGACUUCAUUUCCAGUUACCUAAAUAAUAGAGAGGAAUGGGAAGAGCGUUGUAGGAACAACAAAACCAAAUUUGAUGAAUUCGAAGGAUCUCUAGUGAAUUUAAUCUCGCCCAAGGAGAGGAACGAUUUCAUGAUUGACUUUAUCAUUGAUUCACUAAAAUCGAAUUACGAGGCUCUCGCCGGCUUGGUAGCGGAAAAACUACAAAAGAUCUUCAGUUCUUUGAAAUUCAAUCAACAGCUAAAAAUCGUUCAGAGUAUUCUUGAGACCGCUGCUACUGGCGAUGCAGUUCCGGCCUAUGACGCUGUGGGUACUUUACAAUCUUUGCCUUUGGACACUAACAUAUUCGUAUCGAUAUUGUCACAAAACAGGAUUCACACUGAUAGUGAGCUAUCAGAGCUGCCAAAAAGAAGAAGAAGGCGGUCAUCUGCUAACAAGGCAGCUUUGCAGAAAGAGGAGGUCUCACACAUCGCAGAAGCACAUCUAAGGAAGCUUACCAUCAUUUUAGAAGCGCUGGAUAGAUCUAAGGUCGGGGGUUCGGAACCGCUGUUAUCAAACCUACUUUGGUUAGUAUCCGAUUUGGAAACGCUAGAAAAAGACGGUGGUUUGCCUGUUUUGUAUGCUCAAGAAACUUUAGCUUCUUGUAUGUUAAACACAAUCAACUCAUUGAACGACGGUAGUGCACCAAAACCAAAGAACGUCCGAGCUGACGUGGUUGUUUCGGCUAUCAGAAAUUCCACCUCUCCUCAGGUCCAGAACAAGUUGCUGUUGGUCGUUGGUGCCUUAGCCAACCUAGACUCGGAGACUGUUCUUCAUUCUGUCAUGCCGAUAUUCACAUUCAUGGGCGCUCAUAGUAUCCGCCAAGAUGAUGAAUUCACUAAUCAAGUUGUUGAAAAUACCAUUCAGACCAUCGUGCCAGCUUUGUUGAAGAACAGCGAAAAUGCUAAAGAUGAAGUAGAAUUUCUGUUGAUGAGUUUCACUACGGCUUUGCAACAUGUCCCCAAGCAUAGGAGAGUGAAGCUAUAUUCCACUUUAGUGAAAUCUCUGGGUCCAUCGAGGGCUAUAGCACCAUUUUUGUUCCUUAUCGCACAGCAGUAUUCUGCGGACAUCAAAAGUUUCAAGAUAAGCGAAGCCAGAAACCUUGUUGAAUUUAUCAAAUCUCUGAUGACUAACUUUGAUGUGAUCGAGCAACUUAAUGGACUUUGCGAAUACUUAUCUUUGCUUAAACUCCUAAUAAGUGCAAACGAAAACGAAGAAGAAAAGGAAUCCUUGAAAUUGCGGGCGCCCUUCACCGGUGGUAUACUAAACUUCCCUCAUGUCGAGUUUCUAAGCUUCUUGCAAAACGCGUUGACAUUCAUCGAUAAAACCAUCGAAGAAACUGAGGUUGGGUAUUACGAUAUUAACGGUAGCUUCAAAAUCAAGGUUUACUCUGCUCUUUUGGAUACCAGAAAUGAUGAUUUAUUUGUGAAAAAAGUGAGAUCAAAGUUUGGAUCCUUCUUGGAAUCGCUUCUAGCUUUCAUUAAUCAAGUGAGUAAGCAAUGCCUUAAAUCACAAGGUGAAAAUGAGGAUUCCGCUACGGAAAUGGAACUCACCGAUACUGAAGGCGAUAUUAAAAAGACUCUAUUCCUACUUCUGAGUCACCUCCUGAAUGUGUUGCCAGUACGCGACUUUGUCGAUGCUGUUUUACCUCUCUUUUCGAUCAGUGAAGAUGAAGAUAUUAGAUACCAUCUCACGCUUGUUAUUGGUACUAAAUUUGCCGAGGAAGGGCCAGAAGCUUCCUCUGCCGCCGAGCAAGUCAUUGUAAUACUUUUGGAGAGAAUUCCUAUUGAAAAAGACUGUUACAACAAUAUUCAAGUAUCGUUCAACACUGUGGCAUCUCUCGUCACCACUUUUGGCUCGAACCUUCCAAAGCCACUAGUUACAGAUGUUCUCAAAUUAGCAACCGAAAACCUGAACUCUACCAAGAGCGAGGUCAUAAUAUCAUCGCUUGCCGUCGUGACGAGUUGCAUACAGGCACUCGGGGUGAAGUCGAUCGCCUUCUAUCCAAAGAUAGUACCGCCAGCUCUCAAAAUCUUCCAGGAUUUACAGGAUGAUGAAGAAAACUACCUAAGAGAGCAACUACAAUUAGCAAUAUUGUUACUCUUCGCAGCACUAAUCAAAAAGUUACCAAGCUUUGUCAUGUCUAAUUUGGCAGACGUUUUCAAAGUUAUCCUAUUUUCAGGUGACGUUAGUGUAUCCACUAGGCUAUCUAUCAUUUCUCUCAUUGUUGAAAAUGUCGAUUUAAAAGAAGUUCUGAAGGUGCUGUACAAACUAUGGGACCAGUAUGUUAGUACAACAACGGACUCAAUCGCAGUCUCGUUGUUUUUGAGUGCCUUACAAUCUACAGUCGAGACGAUAGACAAGAAGUCGGCUACUUCACAAUCACCUAUCUUCUUCAAACUGCUAUUGGUCUUGUUCGAAUACAGAUCGAUUAGUGGUUUUGAUGACAACACUAUCAAUCGUAUAGAAAGCACCGUCUAUCAAAUUGCUAACACUUACGUGUUGAAGCUCAACGAUAAAGUGUUCAGGCCAUUAUUUGUCAUCCUUGUCAGAUGGUCAUUUGAUGGAGAAGGUGUAACGAAUACAAGUAUGACAGAAGUCGAAAGACUAACGAGUUUCUUCAAGUUCUUCAACAAAUUGCAAGAGAACCUGAAAGUCAUCAUUACCUCUUAUUUCACGUACUUGCUCGAACCUGUCAGUGAACUAUUGAAAAAAUUUGUUAACAGAAAGAUCGUCAACGUCAACUUACGCCGUGUUGUAUUGAAUUCCUUGACAUCAUCCUUCAAAUAUGAUAGAGACGAGUACUGGAAAUCAACUUCUCGUUUUGAGCUGAUUUGCGAACCAUUAGUGGAUCAACUAUCAAACGUCGAAGGUGUAAUCGGCAAGUACCUGGUGAAAGCAAUUGCUUCGCUCGCAGCAAACAACAAUCGUGUGGAUGAGCACAACAAGUUUAUGCAUAGGCUCCUAGUCAAGCAUAUGAAAGCUACUUGCUCUUCUAACGAGAAGCUCUGGGCUGUUAGAGCUCUAAAAAUGAUCUAUUCCAAGGUCGGUGAAAGCUGGCUGGUUCUUCUUCCUCAAUUGGUUCCAACUAUAGUGGAACUUCUGGAAGAUGAAGAUGAGGAAGUUGAACAUGAAGUUAGAUCCGGGCUGGUUAAAGUUGUUGAGAACGUUCUGGGCGAACCUUUCGAUAGAUAUUUGGACUAA